AUGACAACAAAAAUCGAUCUGUCAAAAAAAACAACUAUUGCAGUGCUAUCCAGGAAAAAGCCUUUUGCGAAAUUUGAACUUUCCGAAGAACAAAAAGCUGAUAUCAAAGAGGCGUUUGAUCUUUUUGAUCCCGAUGGAACUGGAAAAAUUGCAACUAGAGAGUUAAAAGUGGCGAUUCGAGCGCUUGGCUUUGAACCAACAAGGGACGAAAUCAGAAAACUCAUUGCCAACGUUGAUCCCGACGGUAUUGGGAAACUGUCAUUUGAAGAAUUCUUGGAUCUCAUGUCCACUAAGAUGGCAGAAAAGGAUUCCAAGGAUGAAGUUUUAAAAGCUUUUCGCUUGUUUGACGAUGACAACACAGGUAAAAUAACGUUUAAAAACUUGAAGAGAGUUGCCAAGGAACUUGGAGAAAAUUUAACGGAUGAGGAAUUACAAGAAAUGAUUGAUGAAGCUGACAGGGAUGGCGAUGGAGAAAUUUCUCAAGAGGAAUUUCUGAGAAUUAUGAAAAAAACAUGUUUAUACUAAGAUAGUGGUAAUUACAAUUAAGUCCAUAAAUUUAAGAAAUCUGCUCGUAUUUUUUAUUCGAUUAUUGUCUCCCAUGUUACCAUUGAUUGUACAACAUUUUUUAUAAAACGUACAGUUAAUUAAAAUUUAAAUAAAAGUUA